AUGUCGCUACAGGCAAACGAUGCCCCUGCCCAGUCGCCGAGUUUCGACUCGCCUCCGCUUCCCUUGCGUCGGAAUUUACCGUCCGCCUCAAAGCCUACGCCCGAUGUUAUAGACCUGUCUUCGCCCACAGAACCACGGAGUCCGUCUCAACGCGCGGACAAAAGGCCCGAUACUUACCUCCACCGGUUGUCGAGGCAUACUGUGAGCAACGACGAGAAGCGCUUAAUUGGCGAUUUCCGUGUCCCUGCAGACGCAGUCCUAAUUCCUGAUCCGUCAAGUUGGAUGAACAAGUCGCAGAACAUGAACUCCAAGCCGGCUGCGAACAGGGGAUACAAGCCACUUGAUACGCUCACCAACCCCGCUUGUACGCCGCAUCGAAAGCAUACGACCUAUGGCAAAAAUGACCGUCCUCGUCCUUCUCUGAUAGGCCAAACGAGAGGUCCAGGCGAGAGAGCCUACUCCGAAUUCCAACAAAGCAAACGAAGCAAAGCGCCUACGUCACCAACUCGCCAUAUACCAUCACGAGACGAGGAAAAUCAACGGACUGGGACACCUACAUCUGGCAAACGAAGAAAGACUGAGCAUGUCAUAAAUCUGGAUGAUGACGAAGAUGACACAAUGUUGGCAGGGACUCGGUCUGGUAUCACUACGCCAACAGGGACAUCCCAUGAAAAAUCACUCUCCGCCAGGUCCUCGCAGUCGCGAUUGAGUAUCGGAAGUGAAAGUACUGGGGCAGACUUUAGACCAUCGCAAGUCGCAAGCGAGUUCCGCGAAGUCGACUGUCUCCUUAGGACUUCCCAGAAAAAGCCCAGACGAUCAAGCUCCGGCAAACGUCAAGCUCCUCAACCGAAUUCACCUUUCGGCAGCGGCUCUAUGUCUGCGGGUCGCCAAUCCAUACUACGGAGCUUCAAACAAGGCGAAAGCAGUCAUCGAGCCACAGAGCAUGAGCAGCAUGGAUACACAGGGCAAUCGGUCACGUCUGCGGCUUUCCCUGAUGCCCGUAUCAACGAAUCGACAACAGAACCACCACGCGCCAGCAUUCUCUCAAUUUCCGGCAGCGCAAACCUUCGCACCCAGCAUCGACCCGUGCCGAAACGAGUAGACCGGAAAGAGGACAGCGACAGUGCGGAUGAGCUUGCAUUCUCGCCUACUACUGCGAGGAAGCGGACGCGGUCUCCGUCCAAACUAAAAAAAGUUGCAAAUGGUGGCGAUAAACGACAUGGACCCGGUAAAGAUGACAGUAGUUGGCCGCUGUCUUUCGCAAGAUCACAUGACUGUCACGAGGCCGGCCCCUUAAUGGGGGAUGGCCACGCAACUUUGGUUCUGCGAAGCGAUCCAAAUGGAUGGCGCGUCCAAAAGUACGGUGCAGAGGGCUAUGAGACAGUAAUGUUAAUCGAUUCCCAACGUAUCAAUAAGGUGCAAGCAGACGAGACAAGUCGUAUCCGUUUGAAUGGGCCCAGGGUUGUAGAUGGCAAUGUUGGCAUCUUCGACCUUCAGUUUCGCAGCUCGCUUGACUUUGUGAAAUUCCGCGACACAUACGCAGCGCGCUUGACAACGAAUGGGAGAGUUAAAAUCAAAACAGGUGACUAUAUGCGCCAACUAUUCGCAACAGCUUUACCGCCAAGAAACAACAAGAUAAGUGCGGCUGAACCCUCGAGUAAUACAGUACAAGGUGCAAUGGCCGAUCAUACGAUUCCCAAAUCGGCAGAGAAAUCGCCAUGGAAUGGAACGAAGAAUUCUGGGAAAGGAGCCGAAGAUGGCUCUACCUCUAAAACAAGCACUAGAACCACGUCGUCGACUCGUUCGUCUCGCUUGAGAUCAUCUGCACCUACUCAUGUCUUUGAGGAUGAUACCGAAAUCUCCGAAGUGUCCAAAUACUCAAUCGAUACAGGACUGGGACGACGGUGGGCCAGGACCUUGGAGUAUGGGGAAGGCCGCCAGCGUGCCAUUGUGCAUUUCGAUGAUCUACCACGCCUGGACGAAGAAGAAUUCUUGAAUGACAGUCUAAUCAACUUCUACAUGAUCUAUCUGUUCAAGAAGCUCAAGGUUCCCGCAGACAAAGUUUACUUCUUCAAUACGUACUUCUUCACCCGACUCACGGAAAAUGCUGGCCGCAAAUCAAUGAACUACAAGGCCGUUGAGCGAUGGACAUCCAAGAUCGACAUCUUCGGUUACGACUACAUUAUCGUGCCCAUUAAUGAAUCGCAGGCCCAUUGGUACUUGGCAAUUAUUUGCAAUGUCUCGAGCAUCCAACGCAAGCCUGUACUGGAAGACUUUGAAGCCCCACGUUCUCGCACACAAGAGCCGUCUGAAUCUUCGGUCAAUCCAGCCACAGCAAGUGACAUUGAAGAUUGUACGACGCUGCCUUCUGCCCCAGAUUCAAGGCUACCUGCAGAAGACAAAGACGUACCGAGCCAACAAGAGGAGGACGCCAAUCUCUUCGAAGAGACGAUAUCUCUAAUCGACCGUGAUGAUACUGGAGGGACUCAGCCAAGUGCCCGGGCUGAUGAAGCUGAUGCAAUGUCUCUCGAGACGAAAGAUGAUAUUUUAGAAGACCUUGAGGCAACCGCCGAUGCAAAUCCCACGAUUCAAGAUCAACUAGUCCAGGGUGCAUCACUUACAAAGAAUAAGACCAAACGCAAGGCCUUUUCCAGAAGAGACCCCGAACAGCCUGUCGUUGUUGUACUAGACUCUCUGGGGGGAAUGUCCCGUAGCGGGGCAGUUCGUACCCUCAAAGACUGGAUAGCUGCAGAAGGCAAAAGCAAGCGGGGUAUGGAAGCCGUCAUCAAAGAGAACGGGUACUAUCCGAAAAGCUCUCAGAUCCCGAUGCAAAACAACUGGAGCGACUGCGGUGUCUACUUACUGGGAUACGUCGAAAAGUUUUUUCAGAACCCGGAGGAAUUCAUGCACAAACUACUGACCGGGUCAAUGUCAGCCAAAGAAGACUGGCCAGAGCUGAAGCCUUCGGAGAUGAGGCACAAGAUACGAGACAUAAUCUUUGAUUGCUACAAUCAGCAAGAGGAAGCAAGAAAGGACCAGAAAAAGACCAACAAGGAGCCGGCGAAACCAAAAGUGUUGCCAGGUUCGACUGCACAGCAAACUACCCAACUUGAUGGCGCGCCUUCACUUGCUGGCCACGUCUCAUCUGAAAAGUCUCCGAGUUUGAAGUCAAAUGAUGAACAUGGAGACCACGCUCAGGAUGAAACUCCAGUACAAGGUCAGUUGCCUGUAUCAUCUUUCCAACUCGAACUAGGUUCCCCGCUUGAGCUUCACAAGGAACACACACCCGCCAACGAGGAUUCGCCAUGGGGACGUGUAAUGAAAAUAUCCGACUCACCACCAAUAGUAAGGUCUCCUGUCGAGAAAUCCUUUGGUGCUCAACCUUUUAACCAGGCACCAAGAAGACACAGUCCCGAGGUCCAUAUAGCUAGUAGAGCCUCGCAGUAUCCUGGGUCAAUCGACAACGACCAAACUGGUGCCAAUCUAUGGAACAAACCUGCACCACGCUCACCCACGCUUAGCAAGCGGCAAAGACAUGACGAUGACGACCAUGCGAGGGGAUUACCAAAUGCGAAGAGAUCAUUUUUCAGUCCGCCGCGAGGCCAGAAUCGGAACGGCAAUUCAGGAACACAGGCCUUAUUCCCGCACAGCUGGGGGGAGGGUAGCGCGCGCAACAUGCCUAUAGAGAUUGAGGAUUCACAAGAGAUGGAAGCUGUGGGUCCUGUGCCAAGUCGCCAUGUGCAACAAAUCCCUCGUCCGUCAUCCCGAGUUGACAGCCGAAAUCGUGGGCCACGUGGCGCGGUGAAUCAUGGCCAUGAUUCAGUGGAUGCAAUCUCACAAUCGACGGACCAGAUGCAACUGGAUCAAGGGGAGAGUGAUAGCGUCAGAGAAACCCCAGAGCCUAGAAGGAGGAGUCCGACAGGAUGA